AUGCCCUUGUGUCAUUUGGCCACCUGUUUAACCUCCCUAACUCCUAAGAGACGAAAUAGCUCUGGCAGGAUGAGUGAGCGCUCUGGUGCAAGCACUCUAGCGUCUAUGACGCUGGAGGAGCCAGGGGCUGAACAAGCAUCUCCCAGAGCCCCGGGCCCUCUUCGCUGUGGCCCCUGUGCUGUGUGGCCUCGCCAGCAGACUUGGCUGUGCGCUGUGCCCCUGGUAAUGGGCUUUGUGGGACUGGGACUCAGUCUCAUGCUGCUGAAAUGGAUUGUGGUGGGAUCUGUCCAAGACUAUGUCCCCACUGAUCUAGUGGAUCCUAAAGGUAGCAUUGGACAGGACCCUAUAUUUCUCUCCAAACCCAGUGCCAUGCCCAAGGGGCCCGACAUUUCCACCGCCACCACUACAUCAGCUGCCUCUACAACAGCAAUGGUGUCCACUACCACGCCGCUAGCCGCUGAUGGUACUGCCCCAGCGCCAAGAACUCGAUCUGGGCCACCAGCAAACCACUCAGCCAAUGGCAGCACUGCCAAUGGAGAUGGAAACCGAGCCCCACACCUUCACAACCGUGUUGGCACCCGUGUUGGUGGGACUGUGGUUACCACCUCCACCACUCGCGCCACCCGACUCACCCCACCACCAAAUGGUAAGGAGGUCACCCCUCGGAGCACUGUCCGAAAAGGAAGCAGCUCUGGGAAUGGACGUAACGGACCUGCCAACGCAAAGCCAGGACAGACUUCUGCAACCAUCACCACCACAGCAUCCACCACAACUACCACUACUGUGAAGACCACCGCCAAGGUGCAGCCGACCACCUCCCAACCGUCAGGCCCAGUCAAGCCCACACGCUGGAAUCAUGGACGCCAAGGCAAGGGCCCAGCUACACGCCCACACCACCGCUUCCGAACACCAAUGGCCCCCACACUUCCUAGUCUACGCUCAGAGGUCUUCAAGCCAUGUGUGGAAGACAAGGACCUGGCCUUUUGCCUAAAUGAGGGGGAGUGCUCCAUCAUUGAGACCGUGGCUGGGGUUCACAGACACUGCAGGUGCAAGGAGGGCUACCAUGGACUACGCUGUGACCAGUUUGUGCCCAAGACAGAUGCUAUCUUGUCAGACCCAACGGAUGAACUUGGGAUCGAGUUCAUGGAGAGUGGUGACACCUACCAGAGGCAGGUGCUGUCCAUCUUCAGCAUUGCCUCAGGGAUCUGUCUUCUUGGAGUGGCAUGUAUGGCUCUCUACCGCCGAAACAAGAGACAUAGAGAAAAACUCCAGGCUCAUUUCUCUGAUGGCCGCAACUUGAGAGACUGCAGCAUCAACGCCUCUGGCCUCAUGUCCAAAUCUGCACCUAGGCCUCAAUAUAGUCUACAACUCCAAAAGAGCUGCAGUUCCCAUGGAUCGUCUGUUAAGGGAGGCAAUGUGGCACCAGAGCGCUGUCUAAAGGGAAAACGCUUCAGGAGUAGUUCCCUUUCGCUCAGUCCUGCCCAACAAAGAAGGGAGAACAAUUACUUCAGGACCCCACCCAUUUCCAGAGGAAAACACAAAAUAUCAACAAACCUCAUCGAUGGAUCCAGAGUGGCCGGCCAUGUGUACAAACACUUGCAGGAGGAUGAGUCAACAGAUAUGGAGUCCAUAGGAAGGUGUGAUUCUGCCAGCGGAAGGGUCGGUGCCCUCCUCAGCAGGACAUCACUCUCUCACUUUGCAGCCAAGAAGGGAUGGACUGAGGUCCCUUGCACCCGUCUGGAUAAGGGAACAACCUUCCUGCCACCCUCCCUGCGCACCCGCUCCGUGCCCAUCAUUCCCUCGCUUCAAGCAUGUGACUGCGAGGCAGGGCACGCAGACACAAGUGACCGGAACAAAGGGGGACUUCUUAAGUGGCACCCUGUGUUGGCUGGAAAGACAGCGAUGGCCAUUAGCAACCCUCCCUCAACCCCAUGUGAGACUGUUGUGCUGGUGCCUGGUGUUAUGCCUGGCAGUGUUAGCCCUCCUGCCACAACCACCGCUCCCAGCUCCACGCAAACAUCCUCCUCCAUUGAAAUUACAGUGGAACUCGCACAGGAAUUAAAACAGAAAAGCCUUUCCAACCCCAUGAAAAUGUCUGGGUCUCACAGCGAGAUUCACCGCAGUGGCACAAACGCUCAGGAGGCUGGGACUGUGCGGGAGUCAGAGGGGAAAAGUGUCCAGUAUUCAGCCAGAAUUCUCCACACAGGCAGUGGGACCAGAGGUUUGAAGGCAGCAGUCCAAAGAGAAGCCCAGGGACCGUGCCAAGUUCAGACGUCCCUCAUGUACGGAGGCGCAAACUUAUCCUUGGCCACCAAAGGACCCAGCUGCAGAGGAACUGGAAAUGCUUAUGCCAGGCCUUCUGCGAGCUGA